AUGUCGAAUAAUUUGGGUGUACGCAACGACGCCGCCUGGGAGCAAGCAUACAAGCAGUGCUCCAACGGCGAUUUGACUGUCACGACCUGCUCCCCGACUGCACAGACGGUGGCAUACCAAGGCCAAUGGGUCCACCUCGUCUGGAAUGGCCAUCACCCCAGAUACGCCCGAGCCGGUCAAAUUGACGUCAAGGUCUUCCGCAACGACAGCAACGCCCAACCUACUCUCGUAUUUACACGAGACGGGGUCCCGAGCCCCACGAAAGGCCAGCACUCAGCGAACUCGAUGGCCGUCCAAGUUGCGGACUCCUGGUUCGCCGGUAACGAAGAGGGUUUCAACUCCACGAGCUCGUUUUAUUUUACCGUCGCUCCUGGCGGUGGUACUUCAGAGCUGCAGCCGGCGUUCAGGGCCAUACAGACGGCGUAA